UUUGCUUCGUGGAUUUCAGGGUAUCUUUCGCGAGUGAAAUUUUUCGUAUUCAGAAACCUCUCUUUACCAAUGUCAUCACAUGGUUACGGUAGCGUACGAGAAUCUCCCGACGAAGAUCCCGCGGAAAAAGCGCUGCGUAAAGCCGGUUGUUUGGAACUGCACUACGCUGUGCAGGUACUUGAUGACUUUGUGCCAUCCUUUAUAGGAGUGUAUCGGAGAGCACAAGGAUUGGCGGAAGUGUCAAGACGUGGUCGCGAAAUUUAG